ACGAACAAAGACACAUCGAAGAAACCACUACCAAUAACGCUCAGAUUAAAUGGUAAAGACGACGCAAUGGGGAAUGAUGUGAAUAGAGUUUGAUCCCACUAAUUAAUAAUUAAAUCUACUCUGAUGAAAAUUACCAUCUUAACUUAAACACAAAUCAAAUCACAAUCCAUCCAUUACACAUCCACUAGCACGCUAAGCUGCAGUACCCAACUUACCAACAUCGAACCCCAACUGCGACUUUAGGGCGUGAGGGCGUAAGCUGUAAGGCUCAAGGCAAUGGACUCAUUGCGAAAACAGCUUGCCGAAACGCAAGAUGCGCUUCACAAGAAGACCACCCAAGUCAGAGAGCUGCGUGUAAAAUACACGGAAGAACUGAAUGCCUGGAAACAGGAGAAGGUUGGUUUCGAUCAGAAGCUGCGACGACUCGAAGCAGAAAUUCAACAAUUGCGCCAAGAGAAUGCGGCAACCGGAAGUAGCGCGAAGCUACCGCCCACCCCGGUAGAGGGAACCAAGAAUGUAGGCGGGGGCUUGAAUCUGAUCCCGGCCCCGACCUUGAUUGAUGAAGCUAUGGUCACGACCGUGAAGGCGGAAGGCGGCGAUGAUGAAAAAGUCGUGAUCACACGUGCGGCAAUGCAAGAGGCUGAGGAAAAGUUCAAGAAGAUUUCGGAGGAGCUGGCCGAGAAGACCAAGCUUUGCGACUCCAUACAGCGACGAUUUCCGCCUCCAAGCUGCAGCGUCAAGAUCCCGGAACUCAACUUCACCGACGACAUGGUGAUCAUACGCUGGGAGAAACUACGAGGCCUGGUCCGAACCCUGACCUUAGAGAGAUUCAAUCACACCAUCCAACCGAAGUUGGUACCGGAAAAGUCAAGAUCGGAAUUCGAGGCCCUCACGAGACAUUGGAAGUCGUACAUGAGCAACGAGAAAUUGACAUGCUACAUCUUCCGAGCCCUCAUCUGGCGCUAUCUGUAUACGUGUCUGCUGCGAAAGUAUUGGCAGGUGUGGGGAAGGGAGCACGGCGACGCCUGCGUGAACUUGGCGAACCUCUUCUCCGUCAAGGCAUCCGACAACGAACUACAUGGCUGGCGAGUGCACACCUUACGACUGAUUCACCAGACUUGCAAGCUCGACGCGGGCAUCAUGGCCGAAGUGACGAACAAGAUAUUGGAAGCUACUAAGCUAUUCGCGAUCGACAUCAGCACGGAAGAGCUGAAGAAGAAAUUAUCGGAGAUUGUGGCCGCGGCAGCAGAAUUGACUACGAUCUUCGGUCGCUCGCACUACCAGACCUUGAUGACGGACAAGCCCCAUAGCCAACUCAAUUACGGAUUCCCGUACAGGCUGGAAACGAUGGAGUUGAAGGGUAGAUUCGGAUCGCAUACGAUUGUGGAUCUGAUGGUCACGCCGUGCCUGCUUAAGAGAGAUCCGGACUACGCUGCGCUGGUGAAAGCAGAUGUUAUCUGCUGAGGGAGAUAUGUGAAUACGGUGGGAUGCGAAAUGGGUUUGCAACGAGGCAAGGAAACUCUGAAUAAUGCGACGAUAGCAACAAUCGACCCUCAAGUAUGGCGCUUCGUGAUUCGGAGCAUGGGGGGCGAUUGCUUGAUACCCACCCCUAUUGCUUAAUUAAAUAGGAAGUUACUGAAUUCAUCGAUAUUAAGAAACUGUAACCUGUCGGAGAUGGAGGUUUGAGAAUUAUUAAAUAAGACGCCUCCUUCCACUGUAACAAGGAUUUUCGGUAGUGGCUAUCAUAAAGCUGUCAGUGGCGCCUUUCUCCACUAUUAAAUGUGCUAACCCCCCUUAU